AUGGGUACCUUUGAAAAACUUCCCCCUGAAAUCAUUGUUCGCAUUAUUCAAUAUGCGGCUGAUUUUGUUGGCACGGAGAGUCUGCUGGUAGUUUCACCAUGGGUUCAUGCUGUUUUCGAGGCGCAGCCGCACAGAAUCACGGAGGAUCUCAUAGUGUCAAACCCAGUGAAUGCCAUGCCUGAAAUUCAAAAUCUACUCCGAAACAUCGCCCUGGUUCCUACAGUACAUCGCGCCAGUCUGGACCACUAUAUGGGGGUAAUGUGUGAGAGCACAUCCAGUGUUCUCCCGCCGCAGAUGAGCUUUGCUGAACUUUUUCGAAUAGUUCAGAUUGCUGCACAGGUCCAGCGUUUAGCAUGUGUAUGCCUUUCUACCAUGCGGCAAAACUUUAUCUCUGCAGUGGGGACCACUGCCACAGGCUCCCUGAGUGGUGCUGUUCGAGCACAGAAAGCGAGCGAGCCUUUUUCAUGGGUUGAGGAAUACCGGGUAUACUGGGCCCUGUGGCAUCUGGUCUACUAUUCUAUCCUCUGUGAGGCUGCGCGGGAAUUACCUGCUGAUUCGGUACAAAGGAUAUAUGCGUGCGCCGUCCGGAACGAAAUGUGGACGCCCAGGAAGGAAUAUAUCUGGACGGUGGCCGCAGUUCUCUCGGACCUAGGACUACAUCCCUCCUACGGGGACUCUGCACAGCAGGAGCCCUCAAAGGCCUCCUGGGAUCUCCCGGAGGAGACACCCAUACCUUUAUUCACGUCUUUUGAGUUCUGCUUUGAGAAUUACCUCAUCUGGAGCCCUCAACCGGUACCGGAGAGUACUCCCGUUAUAAAUAUCUGGGAUCGCGGGGCGGAUAGGUGUGAUGAGUCGUCAGUGCAGACCGGAGCGUUCUCCGCAUGUAGCAGACAGCUGCUACGGCGCAAUCCAAGUUCAGCCGCGAUGCGAGAUAUACGGCCAUUUCGACGUCUUGGGGUUCUUUUGUGGGACACGUGGCGUGUGUUCUCAGUUGGGCUUCAACGUAGACCGUGCCGAGAGGGUAUUCCGACGCCAGAUGGAGGAUUUCUUGAUUCGGGUAAUAGCCCCCUUUUGUCUGUACAGGAGAAUGCGGCGAUGUGGUUGGCGUUGGUCGGUAAGACGCUGUGA